UGGCGAGCCCCACAGACAUUUCUAAAUAACGAAUCAAAAGCCGGAUGGCAUCUGUUGGAAUAAUAUUUGGGUCAGAAAAGCGCGUACGCUUCCAUUGAUCUGUUUUUGUUGGGUUUAUUAGUUGACGUACAUUCCUAAUUUCAAAGCAAGAUCAGUUUCCAUUUAUCCGAGUACAAAAGAUGGCUGAUGUCAAGGGCUUCGAAUUUGUUUUACUUAUUGUCUUUUUGAUGAUAUGUCACGUUGAAUCACAAGUUACACACAAGUUAGACAAUUCAACAGAUAAUGAAUGUAAUAAGAUAUUUACAAUUCACCCAGAUGAAGAGAUCAUAUUGACAUCCUCAGGGAGAGCACCAAAAGCAUUCUGUACGGCUCUAGUGUACGCUCUGGGAAAAGGUAACAAAAAAUGCCAUGGAAUGUGUAUGUCUGUCACUUCCCAGUUUAUAGAUCUUUGUGAUGCAAAGGUCCAGUUUACAGGGAUGGAUUUUGGACACGAGGAUGAUCCUUUACGGGAGCUGAGUUGUUUCCAUAAACUACCAACGGAAUGGUGCUUCCAAACUAACACCAUGACGGUUGAAAUCGUAGAAACGCAUUUCUAUGCAUUUCAAAUGAAGAAACUGAGCUACAAUUUUAGUGUAAAAGUUUCCCCAGUCUGUGAUGAUUCUCCAUUUGGUAAAGACAUACAAGCCAGGGAAGAUGCACGUAAGGCAAGCGAAGCAGGUGCCCGAAGCAUGGCAAGAAUCCAUGGAAUACUGGUUGGUGUAUGUCUAGCUAUUGUAUUCCUGAUUGUUCUCCUGAUUACAUGGUGUUACUACAAGAACAAACCAUUCGGAAGAGAUAUACAUAAUUAUCCAACUGCUCAUGUCCGUAAAGGACCAACGUUUGCAGGAUUUAAAGCAAAAAUGACAUUUCAUAAAGCACAAAGUCCCGACGAGGGUGCAAAUGAGACAAAACCAAAAAAGGAAAAGAAGCGCAAACAUUCCAAAGAUGAAGCCUCGUUGGAAAAUGAAGAAGCAAAACCAAAGAAGAGAGGAGGCCUUAAGUUUCUAAAUAAGCUCAGGUCUAACAGGGCAGAAGAGGUUCCAUUAGUAGAAAAGAAAGAUGAUAAAGACCCAGCAAGGGUUGCAGAAAAAAUUGAGGACGAAAUAAAUGAAAUACUAGAAGAUGAGAAUGUAGAUAACAAACUAGAGAAAGAUAAUAGAUCAGAACACAAUAGGGAUACGGAAAAAGACGCUGAAAAAUUUGGAAAUGACACAGAAGAUACUAAUAAACCCGAUCUAGGAGAACCAGUUGAAUCUGGUGAUAAAGAGGAUAAAACCAGCAGUGAACCAGUUCCAUCUGUAACAGUUACAGCUGCGGGUGAAAAUGACAGUAAAAAUGACAGCAGUGAUGACUCGUGACUAGCGGAAAUUCUAGAGAAAACUAAGCAAUUUUAAUACUUGUAGAGGUGUUGUUUAGUACAUAGCGCCUAGAUGAAAUAGUAUGCAUACGAAAGAAAUGAAAAGUAUAUACAAAUAAUUCUAUUUACGUACGCAUAGAAUGUGAAAUCCCACUGAUAAAGAAUAAGGUAGAAAAUCAGCUCACAUUCAACAACACGAGCUUCACUGAUAUUAUAUAGUAUUGUUAAAGUUGUUGGUAAACAAAAUCAUUGGAUCAUAGGUUCAGAAUAAUGUACGCAAAUAGUAAUUUACCUAUUUAUGCCCCCGCCGUAGCGGAGGGGGCAUUAAGUUUUAUCCUUGUCCGUCUGUACGUACGUCCCAAAAUUGGUCUCCGUUCUCUAACUUUUGUUUGCCUCAACCAAAUGUUAUGAAACUUAUACACAAUGCUUAUUAUCACAAAACACAGGUCAACUUUGAAUUUCGGUGGCGUCACUUUUGCCGUUCUAGAGUUAUGCCCCUUUACAAAUGGAAAAAUUGCUGAAUUUUUCGUUUCCGUUCUCCAACUUUAGUUUGCCUCAACCAAAUGUUAUGAAACUUAUACACAAUGCUUAUUACCACAAAACACAGAUCUAGUUUGAAUUUUGGUGGCGUCACUUUUACCAUUCUAGAGUUAUGCCCCUUUACAAAUGGAAAAAUUGCUGAAUUUUUUGUUUCCAUUCUCUAACUUUUGUUUGCCUGAACCACAUGUUAUGAAACUUAUACACAAUGCUUAUUACCACAAAACACAGAUCAAGUUUGAAUUUUGGUGGCAUCUUUUUUACCGUUCUAGAGUUAUGCCCCUUUACAAAUGGAAAAACUGCUGAAUUUUUCGUUUCCGUUCUCUAACUUCAGUUUGCCUCAACCAAAUGUUAUGAAACUUAUUCAAAACACUUAUUACCACAAUACUCAGAUCAAGUACAAAUUUUGGUAGUGUCACUUUUACCGUUCUAGAGUUAUGCCCCUUUACAAAUGGAAAAAUUGCUGAAUUUUUCGUUUCCGUUCUCCAACUUUAGUUUGCCUCAACCAAAUGUUAUGAAACUUAUACACAAUGCUUAUUACCACAAAACACAGAUCUAGUUUGAAUUUUGGUGGCGUCACUUUUACCAUUCUAGAGUUAUGCCCCUUUACAAAUGGAAAAAUUGCUGAAUUUUUCGUUUCCAUUCUCUAACUUUUGUUUGCCUGAACCAAAUGUUAUGAAACUUAUACACAAUGCUUAUUAUCACAAAACACAGGUCAACUUUGAAUUUCGGUGGCGUCACUUUUACCGUUCUAGAGUUAUGCCCCUUUACAAAUGGAAAAAUUGCUGAAUUUUUCGUUUCCGUUCUCCAACUUUAGUUUGCCUGAACCAAAUGUUAUGAAACUUAUACACAAUGCUUAUUAUCACAAAACACAGGUCAACUUUGAAUUUCGGUGGCGUCACUUUUACCGUUCUAGAGUUAUGCCCCUUUACAAAUGGAAAAAUUGCUGAAUUUUUCGUUUCCGUUCUCCAACUUUAGUUUGCCUCAACCAAAUGUUAUGAAACUUAUACACAAUGCUUAUUACCACAAAACACAGAUCUAGUUUGAAUUUUGGUGGCGUCACUUUUACCAUUCUACAGUUAUGCCCCUUUACAAAUGGAAAAAUUGCUGAAUUUUUCGUUUCCAUUCUCUAACUUUUGUUUGCCUGAACCACAUGUUAUGAAACUUAUACACAAUGCUUAUUACCACAAAACACAGAUCAAGUUUGAAUUUUGGUGGCAUCUUUUUUACCGUUCUAGAGUUAUGCCCCUUUACAAAUGGAAAAACUGCUGAAUUUUUCGUUUCCGUUCUCUAACUUCAGUUUGCCUCAACCAAAUGUUAUGAAACUUAUUCAAAACACUUAUUACCACAAUACUCAGAUCAAGUACAAAUUUUGGUAGUGUCACUUUUACAGUUCUUGAGUUAUGUCCCUUUAUAACGUUAUAUGCAAGCGGGGGCAUCAUCUGUGUCCCAUGGACACAGUCCCCAUUUAUUUAUUUCGGAAAUGAAUGCACCAUUUUUUACCAUAAAGUUAACACAAACUGUAUAUUUCUAAACAUAUUCCAUGAAAUGUAUAUUUUUGUAGUAAUUAAUGUUGUGUUUUUAAAUUGCAUUGUUAGAUGGUAUGCCUUAAAUGUUGGUCAUAGAAGUAUAUAGAAAUCUAGUCAGUAAUGUGUUCAAAAUGUUUCAUGACAUUAGUUUAAUUCUAGAACUCCAAUACUCGUGAAUAUUAAGUCUUUAUAGGAAAGUUAUUAAAGGAACUGAAGUUUCUUAGAUGUAAAUCAAUCUUGUACAGUUUCUUUUUGAAGCUUCAUUGCAUACUAUUUUCAGGAUAAAUAUAUGUAUAUACAAUUUUUUAAUUAAAAACAAUAGAUGUAAAAUUAUUUCUACUUGGAACAAAAUUUCUUUUUAUUAAAGAAUGUAAUUUCG